GGCGGUGCCGGCGAGAGGGAAUUCUUCGGCAUGCUGGCCGAUGACGAGCAAGAAUACUUCCGACGGGCUGAUGAGAUGCUGGAACUGAACCAAUUCCCAACCCCGGAGGAGCGAGACAUCUUCUUGCAGAGUGUCUACCGUGAAGCAAAAGGCAAGGAGCUCAAGGUCGCCAGCAGCCAGUCUUGCUCUCGGCUGAUGGAGCGGUUGAUACAGCUUGCCUCCACGGCCCAGAAGAAGCAGCUGUUUGAAGCCUUUGGAGGCCACUUCUUGUCGCUGGUACAGCACCGCUUUGCCAGCCACUGCUGCGAGGCUCUCUUCCUACGAUCUGCAGGUGUUGUCACGCAGGAGCUUGCUGGCUUUACCGGGUUUGUGAUGGACACCAAGGGUGCAGAUGUCGAAGAGCAGCAGCCUGAGGCUUCCAUGGAGCACUUGUUCUUGGCUACACUGGACGAGCUUGAGGGUAGCUUAGGUUACCUCAUCACCGACCGAUUCGCUUCACAUACGCUGCGAGUCUUGUUACUAGUACUAUCUGGAAUGCCCCUGGAAGAACAAUCAUCACGUACGCUGCUGAAGAGCAAGAGGAAAGAGAAGAUCACCGUUGUUGGAUCUACAGCGGCAGAUGCGCAAAACCACGGCAAGCGAGCGGUGCCGGCAUCUUUUACCAUGGCAGCCAACAAGAUCAUGCGAGACUCGGUAGCAGGAAUGGAUGCCACAGGAAUCCAGGUCCUGGCUAAACACCCCAUUGGCAACCCAAUCCUGCAGCUCAUCCUAGAGCUUGAUCUGACACUCAAUAAGGGUGAACCCAAGGGCGAAGAGGGGAAAGCCGACGAUGCUUCUCCUUCUCUUCUCCAGCUACUUCUUCCCGGCGCUCCCAAAUCACUGUCUGAUGGUGCUUCUGCGGCUUCCGAGUUCAUCAACGGCAUGGUAUACGACCAGAUUGGCUCGCGACUCAUCGAAACGCUCGUCAUGCAUGCGCCAGGAAAGAUUUUCAAGGCGCUUAACCAAAACAUAUUCCUGCCCAGGAUACAAGGCUAUGUUCGCAACGACAUCUCGUGCUAUCCUGCUAUCAAGGUGCUUCAACGACUGGGCAAGGAUGACCUCGCAAAGGCUGUCGAUCAAAUUGCGCCAACUGUUCCCCAGCUAGUCUCCAAGGCAAGAUAUAACGUCUUGGCGACCCUUUUCGAACGAUGCGCGGCCAGAAACAUCAACGACGAAACCAAAAAGCUGAUGAAAGGCUUGAAAGAGGGAUGCGGCAGUCAACCAGCUGAUCUAGUCAUGACCUUGUGCUCCUUCUCAGCCAACGAAGAGGAAGAGAAGAAAAAGAAGAAGGACGUGCAGCAGCUAACCAAGAACGAAUAUGCCGUCCAAUCCCACGGCGCCAAUCUGCUCACCACCUUGCUCUCAAUCUCCGGCCCAGCAAAGGGUGUUCAAGAAUCCAUCCUUGCUCUGCCAUCCGACCUUGUCCUCCGCCUCGCCAACACGUCACUACCAACCGUCACCGUCCUCACUACUGCCAUCGCCACACCAUCUACCAAUUCUACUUUCCAAAAGGGUCUCAUCAACACUCUGAUGCCACACAUACCCGACCUGGCAACAUCCCAGUAUGGCCACAACCUCAUCAACGCCAUUGCCGAAAUCCCCAGCAAGGGCAAGGACUGGAGCAUACCCCAGCACAUGAAAGACAAGAUCAUGACCGCCCUCGGAGCGCACGAAUCCCAGCUGAGAGAGUCAUGGAUGGGAAGGAGCGUUUGGCGGACGUGGAAGGGAGACAUGUGGAAAACACGGCGGUUUGACUGGAAGAGCUGGAUGAAGGAGCUGGAUGAGAUCAAGGCGCCACUUGCUGCUGCGCCCAAG